AAUCCACCCUCUUAAAUACUGUGAAGAGGACCGUGAGAGGUUUUUCCUCACGGCUGCGAAAGCGGUUUUUCUGAAAUUACUUGCCUUGGGCUGUACGACUCUCUGAGUAAAGGGGGAGUGGAAAAGCGGUUUCCCGAAGCGGUUUUCAGCACUCAUAAUCAUGGUUAGAAAGAGGAGAACUGAACUUCCCACUGGUGGUGAGGGCUCUGAACCUCAAGAAGCUAGUAGUAGCACUGGACGUGGGCCCCAGCGUCCGGCUGAGAGGGCUCCUCAGCCACAACAGGGAGGUGGGGGAGGCUUUCAAGGUGGUAGGGGUGGAGGUCCCUCGGGCCAUCAGUCUCAGCAAGGUGGCCGUGGCGGUGGUGGAUAUUAUCAGGGUGGCCGUGGUGGAUCCCACCAACGGGGUGGGAUGCCACCGCAGCAAGGCGGUGGCCCCCCACCUGAGUACCAGGGCCGUGGGGGAUCUCACCCACGCGGAGGAGCGCCACCUCAACAAUCCGGUGGUGGGAUACAUGAAUCUGGAGGAAGGCGCAGGGGCGGCAGUGCGGGUGGGCGUGGUGGUGGCCCUUCUUCCAGGCCUUCAGUUCCCGAGCUGCACCAAGCUUCCCAGGCGCCUUAUCAAGCGGCUUAUCCCAGCCAGCAACCGCCGUCUGCGAAACCAGCGGAGUUGUCGUCACAGCCCAGUUCCUCAUCUCGGCUGCCUGAGGCAGCUACAUCUCCAUUUCAGCUGGCGCAGCAAUUUCAGCAGGUUACGAUCCAGCAGGAGGGGUCUUCUAGCCAGGCUAUUCAGCCUGUGACCCCAGUGCCAGGGUCGAGCAAAUCUGUGCGAUUCCCACUUCGUCCCGGCAAGGGCAGCACCGGUGUCAGGUGCAUGGUGAAAGCAAACCAUUUCUUUGCGGAGCUGCCUGAUAAGGACCUUCAUCAGUAUGAUGUCUCGAUUGCACCAGAAGUUACUUCACGGGGUGUGAAUCGGGCUGUCAUGGAGCAGCUGGUGAAAUUGUAUAGGGAUUCACAUCUUGGGAGGAGACUUCCAGCUUAUGAUGGGCGGAAGAGUCUCUAUACAGCUGGGCCACUUCCCUUUACUUCGAGGGAGUUUGUGAUUACUCUUGUUGAUGAGGAUGAUGGUCAAGGCGGCCCUAGGCGAGAGAGGCAAUUCAGGGUUGUCAUCAAACUUGCUGCACGUGCUGACCUGCACCAUCUGGGAUUGUUCUUGGCUGGGAAGCAGGCAGAUGCACCCCAAGAAGCUCUUCAGGUUCUUGAUAUUGUUCUGCGUGAACUUCCUACUACUAGGUAUUCCCCAGUUGGUCGAUCAUUUUACUCCCCUGAUCUGGGGAGAAGACAGCCACUCGGUGAGGGGUUGGAAAGUUGGCGUGGUUUUUACCAGAGUAUCCGUCCUACCCAGAUGGGAUUGUCGCUAAAUAUAGAUAUGUCAUCGACUGCUUUUAUCGAGCCACUUCCAGUCAUUGAUUUUGUUACUCAGCUCUUGAACAGAGAUGUCUUAGCCAGACCAUUAUCUGAUGCUGAUCGAGUGAAGAUUAAGAAGGCUCUUAGAGGUGUGAAGGUUGAGGUUACACACCGAGGGAACAUGCGCCGAAAAUACCGAAUAUCAGGUUUAACGUCGCAGGCAACUAGAGAGCUAACUUUCCCUGUUGAUGAGAGAGGCACAAUGAAGUCGGUUGUGCAAUACUUCCAGGAGACCUAUGGAUUUGUUAUCCAACAUACCACGUGGCCAUGUCUGCAAGUUGGAAAUCAGAAUAGACCAAACUAUCUGCCUAUGGAGGUCUGUAAGAUUGUGGAAGGCCAGAGAUAUUCCAAGCGGUUAAACGAGAGACAAAUAACGAAUCUGUUAAAGGUGACCUGCCAACGUCCUCAAGAUCGGGAGCUUGAUAUUGUACAGACGGUUCACCACAAUGCUUACCACGAAGAUCCUUAUGCAAAGGAGUUUGGCAUCAAAAUCAGUGAGAAACUUGCUUCGGUUGAAGCACGCAUUUUACCUGCACCUUGGCUUAAAUACCAUGACACUGGUAGAGAAAAGGAUUGCUUGCCCCAAGUUGGUCAAUGGAAUAUGAUGAAUAAGAAAAUGGUCAAUGGAGGAACUGUGAACAACUGGAUGUGCAUAAAUUUUUCACGUAGCGUGCAAGAUGUUGGAGCUCGCGGAUUCUGUCAUGAGCUCGCACAGAUGUGCCAAAUUUCUGGCAUGGCGUUUACAUCUGAACCUAUACUUCCACCAUACACCUCUCGCCCUGAUCAGGUGGAAAGAGCCUUAAAAACACGCUACCAUGAUGCGAUGACCAUUCUCCAGCCCCAGUGCAAAGAACUUGACCUGCUGAUUGUCAUUUUGCCCGAUAACAAUGGUUCUCUUUAUGGAGAUCUGAAAAGGAUAUGUGAGACAGAUCUUGGAUUGGUAUCUCAGUGCUGCCUAACUAAGCACGUGUUCAGGAUGAGUAAACAAUACCUGGCAAAUGUUGCCCUCAAGAUAAAUGUAAAGGUUGGGGGAAGGAAUACUGUGCUUGUGGAUGCAUUGUCUAGGCGCAUACCUCUGGUCAGUGAUAGACCAACUAUUAUCUUUGGUGCAGAUGUGACUCAUCCACAUCCAGGCGAGGAUUCUAGCCCUUCCAUUGCAGCGGUUGUGGCUUCACAAGAUUGGCCAGAGGUCACAAAGUAUGCUGGUUUGGUUUGUGCACAAGCUCACCGCCAGGAGCUGAUCCAAGAUCUUUUUAAAGUCUGGCAAGAUCCUGUACGGGGCACCAUUACGGGUGGCAUGAUCAAGGAGCUUCUGAUUUCUUUCCGUCGGGCAACUGGGCAGAAACCUCAGCGGAUCAUAUUCUACAGGGAUGGUGUGAGCGAAGGCCAGUUCUAUCAGGUCUUACUGUAUGAACUAGAUGCAAUCCGGAAGGCAUGCGCAUCACUUGAGCCGAAUUACCAGCCCCCGGUAACAUUUGUUGUUGUCCAAAAACGCCACCACACCAGGCUUUUUGCUAACAACCAUUCGGAUCGCUAUUCUGUUGACAAAAGUGGAAAUAUAUUACCUGGAACUGUGGUGGACACAAAGAUAUGCCAUCCCACUGAAUUUGACUUCUAUUUGUGCAGCCAUGCGGGCAUCCAGGGCACAAGCCGUCCUGCUCAUUACCAUGUCUUGUGGGAUGAAAACAAAUUUACUGCUGAUGGACUUCAAUCUCUAACUAACAAUCUUUGCUACACAUAUGCCAGGUGCACCCGGUCUGUAUCAAUUGUGCCACCGGCAUACUAUGCUCAUCUUGCUGCCUUCCGCGCUCGUUUUUACAUGGAGCCGGAGACAUCUGACAGUGGCUCUCUAACAAGUGGUGCUGCUGGCCGUGGUCCUCCGGGCGGUGUUGGUGGAGGCGCACGCAGUACUCGUGUCCCGACAAGUGCUGCAGUCAGGCCGCUCCCCGCACUCAAGGACAACGUGAAAAAGGUGAUGUUUUACUGCUGAGGCAUGUCCACCUCAAGAAACAACCUUCCAGACUCAAGAAAAAAAAAAGGAAAUACUCCAAUAGGAGGGAUGUGAGCCUUGUCUAGAGAGUUUUUGAAUGAAAAUAUUGAUUUAAACGAUUGGUGGGUUGCAAGAACAUUGCCAUUCUAACAUUCUUGGGGUAAAUGAGAACUUUUGAAGUCU